GAGGAGAAUUGCAUUUCUUUCAUAAUCUGAGAGAAGGAUAGUAUUUGAAAUAAUGGCAACAGGAGACCUAAAAGGAAGUAUAAGAAAAAUAGAGCAAGGACUUCGCUUGAUAAAUUAUCCAAGAGAUGUGGAUUAUACAGUGCUAGUAAAAGGUGAUCCAGCUGCAUUUUUACCUAUCAUCAGCUAUUCUUUUACAUCUUUUUCAACUUACAUAGCAGAGCUUUUGGUAAAGUGUGAUGUGGAACUCACAGCAAAGAGUGACUUGCGUUUUAUUGAAGCUAUUUACAAGCUUCUUCGAGAUCAAUUUCAAUAUAAACCAAUUUUAACAAAACAGCAGUUUCUUCAGUUUGGCUUUGUGGAAAGAAAAAUGCAGAUUGUUUGUGACAUUAUCAACUGUGUGGUAAAAAAACAUAAGGAAUUAAGUAACUCGAAUAAGGUUAAAUCUCAAGCAAGGAAAAAACCCAGAUUGUUUAAAUUUGAAAUAAGGUCAAAUUGUGAUAAUGUCAUUACUGAUACUGGUGACCAUGCUCUGAACUCCAAACAGAAGCCUUUAGUGGAACGGCACUCAGGAAAUGAAAUUAGUGGUGACCUUCAUCCAUUACCCCUUCCAGCACAAGGAGGUAAUGAAGAAGAAUUGUGCCUAGAUCAUGAUGUUGUCAAAGUUAAUUGUGAACAAAGGACACACUCUUGUCCAUAUUUUCAGAUCAUAGAAGAUAAUUCUCAGAUUGAAGCCCUGAAGAGUCAGCUUGCUGAUUGCCAGGAAAAGCUUCGUAAACUGGAUUGUAUGGAAGAUAAACUGCAUGUUUUAGAAGAGAAACUGGAAGGAAAGGUGAUCAUAGACGAGAAGGACUGGAAUAACUUGUUGGGUCGAGUUUUGCUUCUUGAAACAGAACUGUUGUUGCAAUCCAAAAAGAGAGAGUUACUUACGGAGUUAAGCAAUGUAAGUCAAGAAGGUUCUUCUGGUAGGAUUCCAGGUUCCCCUGCUUAUUUGAUAGCUGACCUUGCAAUAAGAGAGCAAAAGGCAAAGGUGACCCAAAACCGUUUCUGCAUAGGUACAGAGAGGAAGGAAGAGAUGCCAGAGUGUCUUCAUCAGCUGUCUGGAUACAGUUCACUAUUAUCCACAGACCCAUCUCCCAAAGCUGUGACCAUUAAGUCUCAUGAUCUGACAGGCAUUUCCAAGGAGACAACAAGACAAAGAAUGGAAAGGAUAAGUAAAAUAAUUGAAGAAACCUCAGAAUUGUUGAAAACAUCAAACAAUACCUCUGGGAAGACCUGAAAGCACAGGUCUUCAGACCUGGUCUCUGUGGACUUACGGAUAUCAGACCUAAUAUGUAUGUUUGUACGGCAUUGAAUUUUUAAUAUAUCAAAUUUGUAAUGAUCACCAGUGCUUUAUUUUUUUGA